AUGAGAUAUUUCGGUGAUUUGUUUUUGUGUUGUGAUGAGGAAUCUAACGGAAAAAUACCGAUUUUAAAAGCCACAGAAUUAUUUAGAUCGUCUAAUGUUCAUAAUGAUGUCCUUAAACAGAUCAUGGAUAUAAGUGUUGCUCCUAAUAAUUGUGCGUCAUUGAGUCACAUGAAUAGGAAACAGUUUUAUUCUGCACUCAAGUUAAUAGCAGCACAUCAAUCAAAUAUGGCCUUAAAACCCGAACUCCUCGGCACACCUGUGGAUUUGCCUUUGCCGAGGUUUACGUGGGCUCUAAAUUCUGAAGCGAACGCUGACCUGAUACAACUGUCUAGCUCGCCAAGUGAACAGCAUCUUCCUAAAAGAGAAAGGACUUUUGGCACCCUUGGUGCUUAUGAGCCAAUAAGACUGUCAUCUAACUUAUCUGAUAGUGAUGUUCCACAAGCAUUAUCUCAUGACACGACUGAAGGAAUAAGCACAGACUCGGAAAUUGAAUCUGAGACAAUGUCACAACGAUCUGGUUCUCAUGGGCGAAGAGGUAAAACUGGCUCUCCAUGGAGCACAGCUAGUGAGAGCCCUACACCCACAAACAGCGUCGCGGAGCGUGUGCAUCCCGUUUGGGAGCAUAGCGCAACUGGCCGUGGUGUUUGGCCCGCAAACACCGGAGAGGAACAUACGAGACUGCUUGGUACUGAAGAAGAGUCGUCUGACCGUCACUCGUCAGAAGAGGAUGGUGAAGGCGACCCAAGUGACGACAUCUGGGCUAUCAGUGAUGUGCAGGCUCGACACUAUGCGGGGCAAUUCGCGCAACUCCGGCCUGAUAGAGGCAUGCUCUCCGGACAAACUGCUAGGUUAUUUUUUGAAAAGUCGCACUUACCGGUACCAGAUCUUCGCAAAAUUUGGCAGCUCUCCGACAUUAAUAAAGACGGGAUGCUUACUCUCGAAGAGUUCAGCAUAGCCAUGCACCUCAUUGUGUUAAGGCGGAAUAAAAUCCCGGUUCCUGAAGUUUUACCUGCCUGCCUUGUACCCAAAAUUGACUCGAGAUUCUCUAAACAAGCUGUAACCACCGAUCUCGUUGAUUUAGGAUCCGACAUGUUCAGUUCUGGAACGUCGGCCGAUUUCAACUUCACCCCCAAAACGGAAACACUCGACCCUUACGAAAGUAAAGUUGUGAAGAAGCCCGAGGACCGCCCACCCUCGCUCACACCGCCGAAAGUUGAGCCACAGGUAAAUAAUAAAGAGUGGACGAAAUUUGUGGACUCGCCGACUUCCAGCGUGUCCAGCCCUGGUCCAAAACCGGUCAAUUUCGACUUUCAUAAAUCAGCUGUCGAACGCGAUCCGAAGAUUUUCCAUCCAGUGGCGGUGCGAGUUACUCCAGACGCUAAUACAAUACCGGCGCAUGGAGAUGGCGAUAUGCGUUCAAGUACUUCUCCUCGCAGAGAUGACUUUGCGCAUGCUUUCGAACUCGCAAGCCCUAAGAGAUUAAAUUCUCAACCACCUGAACCACCGCCAAACGGUGCCAACCCAGAAAUUAAGUCUAUACAACGGCCUCAGCCCCGAAAACCGGUUAAACCGGGAGGAGUGCUACCGCCGCCACCAGCACGGGAGUCGUCAGUUCACGCCGAUGAAGGACCCCAAUCGCUGCAAUAUGCGCCUAAAAAGGAGCCGCCUCCGCCCCCUCCCCCGCGGCCACUGCGCAACCACGCGCGCUCGUCGUCGCUGGACCUGAACCGGCUGAAGGGCGCGCCCGCGCCUCCCCCUCAUCCCCCUCCGCGCGCCUCGCCGUCCAGCGCGGAGGCGCCGCGCCGCCUCAUCAACCAGCGCAGCGAGGGCGAGCCCGCCUUCCCGCCCGACGCCUUCGUCCCGAAGGACUACGACGCGGAAGGUUUCGGCUACAAUCGUGAAGAUGCUCCAAAAAUGCACGGCGCCUUCGAGGUGUAUCGCAAGCCGACGCGCGAUUCGGGCGAGGCGGAGCCGGACGUGAAGGCGUUGCAAGAGCAGAACGCGGUAUUGCACCGCGUCUGUCGCGCGCUCUGCGCCGAGCUCGCCGACGUGACGCGCGACCGAGAGGCGCUCCGAGUGCGGCUCGACGCGACGCUGGCGCACCCGCACCAUCUCUAG